AGGAAACUACUGGGAGGAGAAAGUAGAGGAGAAAAGGGGCAAAAGAGAAAGAGGAAAGAGUUGGAAGGAGAAGGAAGAGAUAGGAGGGGCGAGGACAGAGAGAAAGGGAAGGAGGGUUAAGGGGUACAUGAAGGAAGGGAGAAAGAGGGAGCUACAAGGUGGAGAGAGGCCCUCAGAAGGAGAGAGAAGCAGGUGGGAAUGUGGAAGGGAAACAGCCUAGCGGGUCACCAGGGAGCAGCCGUGGAGGGAACCGGUGGAGAACUGGGGGGACAGGGGAACUGGGGUCUGGAAGAUGCCCCAGGUCUCUUGGCCAGGGCCUCUCUGCCCCUCAUGCCCACAUGGCCACUGCCUCUGGCCUCCUCUGCCCUCACCCUGCUCCUUGGCGCCCUCACUUCCCUGUUUCUCUGGUACUGCUACCGCCUGGGCUCCCAAGACUUGCAGGCCCUGGAGGCUGGGAGUCAGGCUAGGGCUGGCAGUGGUGGGCCUGGGGGGUGCUCUGAAGGUGGCAGGCCAAGCCCAGGGAGCUCUGGGGAGUCUGGGGAAGGACACAGGACAGAAGGCCUAGUGAGCCGUCGCCUUCGGGCCUACGCCAGGCGCUACUCUUGGGCUGGGAUGGGUAGGGUGAGGCGGGCGGCUCAGGGGGGCCCAGGCCCUGGGGGAGGGCCAGGGGUCCUGGGCAUUCAGCGCCCAGGCCUGCUUUUCCUGCCAGACCUGCUCAGCCCCUUUGUGCCACGGGAUGCCCAGCGGCAUGACGUGGAGCUCCUGGAGAGCAGCUUCCCUGCCAUUUUGCGGGACUUUGGGGCUGUGAGCUGGGACUUCUCAGGGACUACCCCUCUGCCUCGGGGCUGGUCCCCACCACUGGCCCCUGGGUGCUACCAGCUCCUGCUGUACCAAGCAGGCCGGUGCCAACCCAGCAACUGCCGCCGGUGCCCUGGGGCCUAUCGGGCACUGAGGGGGCUGCGAAGCUUUAUGAGUGCCAACACCUUCGGCAAUGCUGGCUUUUCUGUCCUCCUGCCUGGGGCCCGGCUUGAGGGCCGCUGUGGGCCCACCAAUGCCCGGGUCAGAUGCCAUCUGGGCCUGAAGAUUCCCCCUGGCUGUGAGCUGGUGGUUGGGGGUGAGCCCCAGUGCUGGGCUGAGGGACACUGCCUGCUGGUGGACGACUCCUUCCUGCACACGGUGGCUCAUAAUGGCUCUCCGGAAGAUGGGCCUCGAGUGGUCUUCAUCGUGGACCUCUGGCAUCCCAAUGUGGCUGGGGCGGAACGCCAGGCCCUUGACUUUGUCUUCGCACCAGACCCCUGAGGGAAGGUGUUCCCCUUCAGACACCUAGACUGGCGAGAGGCUGCACUCGGGGACGGCUUGAGUGGGAGCCAGGACCACCUCUCCAUUGCACGGGGUGGGGGUGGGGGGCUGAGGGUGGGAACUGGCCAGUGAACGCUGAAAUACAGAUUUUAAACCUUCUCCUCA